AUGGAGCAGCCACAGAGUGACGUUGUGCCGGUGACAUGUGUGGAACAGCCACAGUGUGAAGUUGUGCUGGCGAGAGCUUUGGAGGCUGCACAAUUGAGAAGGAUGCUGAAUCUCUUGAUUUCGGGCUUGAUUUCGGGUCUUCAAAUUGGGUUCGCGGAAUUGAUGGGAAUUGGGAAAUUAAUCGAAAUUAGAGUAGCACUUACCAGCAUUAACGUUGGUGUGCAGAAGACGAGGUUCCUUGAAAUAAUUGUAGCGCCGGACAGUGCUGUACCAGUAAGAGGCUACCUCCUGUCCCAUCGUGUUGAGCUUCACACUUUCUGCGAUGCCAGUACACGGGUCUAUGGAGUUGCAGUGUACAUUGUGACUGGCUCCGGAGAUGAAUCCUGUGCGAGAUUGUUGCUUGCCAAGUCCCGAGUAGCUCCAUUGAGCCAACUCACUAUACCGAAGUUAGAGUUGUGUGGUGCUACCUUAGCAGCUGAAACCAUUGCCAAGUUCACUGAUGCUGUUGGACCAGAUGCAAUCCAUUUCUGGACUGACUCCACGAUUGUCCUGCACUGGAUCCACAGCCCUCCACAAUCCUACAAGGUAUUUGUAGCCCAUCGUGUUCAGCGUAUCCGGAAACAUUCUUCACCUGAUCAGUGGCGCCACGUAGUGUCUGAAGAAAAUCCUGCAGACAUAAUUUCUCGUGGUGUCUCUCCUUCACAGCUCAUGGACAAUAGUUUAUGGUUUGAGGGUCCUGAAUGGAUUAGAUGUCCAGAGAGAUCAUGGCCACCACCCUUCAAUCCCACUGCCUGUCCUGAGGCCAAUUGUUUUCUGAUCAAGGCGAAGGAGUUUGUCUUUGGAGAUCUACUUCGAAUGUUCUCAUCUAUUCUCAAAGUCCAACGGAUCGUUGCAUACUGCCUGAGAUUUACCUAUAAAGGUCCUCGUCCGCUUCCCAAGACCAAUUUAGCCAUUACAGCUGACGAGAUGGAGAGAGCACUCCUUUUCCUCAUUAAGAUGGACCAACAAAGCUCUCUUCCGGAGGUUUGUGCUCAGCUGGAAAGGAGUGAGGCGCUCUCACGUGAGUGGAAGUCGCUUCAGAGUCUUGCUCUAUUCUUGGAUAGAGAUGGCAUUAUCAGAGUUGGUGGAAGACUCAAGAAUGCGGAUGAGCCCUUCUCGACCAGACACCCAGUAUUGCUCCCAAGAUCCCUACUCACUUAUAGAAUCGUGCGUCAUGAGCAUUCCAAACAGUUGCACGCUCCUCCUACACUCUUAUUGGCUUCCGUUCGCCAGAAGUUCUGGCCAAUAGCUGGUCGAAAUCUUGCCAAGAGAGUUGUGCACGAUUGCCUGAAGUGCUACCUGAAGAAGCCCAAACCUUUGGACCAAUUAAUGGGUGAUCUACCCGACCAUAGGGUAAAUUUGUAUCGGCCCUUCCAAGCAACUGGUGUAGACUUCGCCGGCCCGCUCAACAUGAUCUCUUCCGCGACCCGGGGAGCACGGUCCCGGAAAUCUGGAACCCAGAAAGUCUACAUUGCCAUCUUCGUUUGCAUGGCAACGAAGGCAGCACACCUCGAGUUAGUGUCUUCGCUUUCAACGGAAGCAUUUCUAGCCGCCUUCAGACGGUUCGCAGCCAGAAGAAGUACUCCUCGACAUAUCUAUUCUGACUGCGGGAAAAAUUUCGAGGGUGCUGCAAACGAGCUUAUCCGACUCUUCAAUCAGGAAGCGGCACAACAGGAGAUUGUGAACCGCACUCAGGAUGAUGGUAUCACGUGGCAUUUCAAUCCUCCUGCCUCUCCCCACCAUGGAGGUUUGUGGGAGGCCUGCGUGAAGAGCACCAAGUACCACUUGGUUCGUGCCACGACAUCUUCUGCUCUCUCCUAUGAAGAGUUCCACACUAUUCUAUGUCAAAUAGAAUCCGUCCUAAACAGCCGACCUCUGUGUCUGCUGUCCGAUGAUCCCAACGAGAGGGACUAUCUCACACCUGGCCAUUUCUUGGUGGGAGCCCCUGGAAACGCUCCACCGGACCCGGACCUGUCACACAUUCCAGAAAAUCGUCUCUCAUACUGGCAACAUUGUCAAAGACGGGUGCAGGAGUUUGGGAGAAAAUGGAGACUUCACUACCUCAACACCCUCCAACAAAGACCGCGAUGGAAGAUCGCUCGAGAGAAUUUAAAGGUAGAUGAAGUGAUCUUACUCCUGGAUGAGACGAGAGAGGGUUCGAAGUGGGUGCUCGGACAAGUGAAAACCAUCCAUCCUGGCACUGACGGCAGGGUGAGAGUGGUCUCAGUGAGGACUUCAAGAGGAGUGUACAAACGUCCAAUAACGAAAAUCGCCAGACUUCCCCAAUCUACAGAAGACUCUUCUGGACUGCACCAGGAGGCGCACGUCCAGACCGGGGAGGAUGUUGGGGUUUUAGUGUAAAAUAAGAAGAAGUGACCGUUAAUAAGAGAAGCAGAUUCAAAAUAUCGAUCAAAAGAGAGAUGGAGGAUGAUAUCGAUAUUAGUGGGAUUUUCUCCUUCUAUCAUCUCUUCACUCUUGGACUUUCUCCCAUGUUACUGUUAGUUCUUUCUUCAUGUUCUCUGUGCAAAUUUGGUGAUUGGUGUGAAAAAUUAAAAUUUGAGGAAAAAUUUAUAAUUAAUUAAGUGGAAAUAAAAUUUGUAAAUUGUUAAAAAGUUGUUUUGUGGAGUGGAAACAUCAGCUGAUCGGGGGACAGUGAAAAUCCAGGAGGAAAAGCUUGAGUUUCGAGUGAUUUCGAGAAAAAGGGGCCAAGAUCCACCACGAGGUGACCCACCACAAAGGGAAGAGAUUGCUUCUUGGCGGAAAAAGGAAAAUUUUUUAAUCCUUCUCGCCAAAUACAUUCCUUAACCAAUCUCUCUUCCCUCCUAAAGGUAACUGCACCAGGGAAAUAUAUUCUUAUUGGGAGUUUGCUGAUUCUAAUAGAGCUUUCACAUAUUUUUC